CAAGUUGUGGUUUUCGGUAUUAGUUUAAUAUAUUGAUUCGUUCUAGGGCUUCUCCGUGCGCAUGGAAAAAGCUGCGAUUUAGAGACUUUGGCUUCGGUUCUUAGGGAGAUUCCGUCGGAUUCGGCGACUUGAGUUUGCUUCUUUUUGUCGAUUGGUGAAAGUGCCUUUACUUGAGCUCGAAUCCGCGCUGAAUCUUGUAAUUGUUCGGAAAUCUUUAUUUGAAAUCCGUCGAUUUAGGGUUUCUUUUGUUACUGCUUUGAGAUCCUUUUAGUAACUGGCAGCUUUGGGGUUCUCCGUUGCUUAUGCGUUCUAGAGUUUCGUUCUGCUCGAGAUUAUUACAUCUUCUGGUUUUUGGAAGUUAAAGAACUCGAGUCUUCGGCAAAGAGUAUUCCUUUCCGCCUUUUGUUGUCCACUGUUGGUACAAUUUGGGAGUUUGGCAUCGCCAAGUUAAUCUGAUGCCCUAGUCCACCAUUUUGGAAUUUGUGUUUUGUGAAGAUGAUCCUGGAAAAUGGUAACCUCUCUAGGUGUGUGAGACAUCCGUCUCAGCAAUUCACUGGUUUUUGCCCUUCUUGCUUGGUUGAGAGGCUGUCGAAUGUUGGAACUGCUGAACAGAGUUUGGAAGCACCUAGGAACAUACAGCAAGAAAUAGUCAAGGUCCCAGAUGUAGUUCCUAAUGUUAAGAAUAAGACUAGUGAAGCCGGGACUAGAAAGACUCUCCGAUACUUGUUUCAAUUGGAUGAUGAUUUGGAUGUUGACAGAACUACACUUAGUGUGCCAGAAAAAAAUUUGACAUCAACUUCAAAUGCUUGUGAAUCUGAAAUUAGUUCCCAUGAUGGCCGCUGUUUCUUCUCUGAGGAUGCUAACAUUAAAAUCAACUCUUAUGGAGGAACUAGGAUGAUCGAGAAUGAUUCCAAUUCUUCCGAGGAGAUUACAAUUGGUACAUUUAUUGCCAAAGAUAUCAGGGACUCUGUAGAGAGGCAAAAGGGCCAAGGUAAGACCCUUUGGUUCAAUACGAUGUUUGCAAAGAAAAGAACUUUGUGGAGAGCGGGGAGCAUUUCAAAGAAGUUUGAAAUACCUGAUGAUGAGUCUAGUUAUUUAUCUGGUGAUAAAAAUUCCGAAAGCUAUCUUAAUUUAUGGCAAUCUUGUGACUGGAGGUUAUGUCAUAAUUCAAGCAAGAACUCCUGGGAACCUCCAAGACAUUCAUGGGAAGGUUCAAUGUUGACCAGGGCACUGUCCUGUUCAUUUUCUUGCCUUGAAGAAAGUGAUGAAGAUUUAACAAGAACGGAGACAGGUGUGCAUGGUGAAAUAACUGGAAAUCACAACCAAAAUAUUGAUAAAAUUGAUAGAUUCAAAUUUACUGCUAAUGUGCCGAAGGCUGAUGAGAAACCCAUUUCCUCGGAAACACUUUUUAUCAAGAGACUUCAUGAAGAAUCUCAACCAGGGGAUGCUGUGUCAAGAAUCAGAAGGAAAAAAUCUCGCCGACUGAGUAAGGUUUGGGACUGGAAUAUAGGUAAUUCUUUCCGAGACUUGGUAAAAAAAUGCGAUCAUAUUCUUGAGAGGUCUGCAUCAGAGACUUUACAUGGACAGAAGAGUAAUAAUGUAGAAAGCAUGGAAACCAAUGGUGUAUCACUAAACAAUGGUGAUUGCCAAGGUUCUAUUAGAAUGAAUCACAGUGCAUCCCUAAGUAUGAAUGCUGCUCAUGCUGAUAUGAAGAAUAUGAGGUCUGAAUGGCGAAUGAAAAAUGAAUUCAAGAUUGGUCGAAGCCGAAGUGUCCAUUAUCCCUCUCCAGGGAACGUUGACCCUGGACUUCUACGUUUCUACCUCACUCCAUUGAGAAGCAGUAGAAGAUGUGCAAAUAGGGUUAGGAGAAAAAACACACAUUAUUUUGGGAGAGGUAUCUUUGGGUUGCCGUAAGUGUCAUCUUGAAGUUUGUUAAUUGUAUACUACUGGAAGCUUCAGUUAUGUCUGCAUACUAAAUGAUCAGAGCAUCAGCCAAGAAGACAUUUUAUAGGAUUUUCUUCCUCUAGAUCAUGGCUUACUUAAGACAAGUGCCUGCCGGGAACAGCAUUCUACAAAAUUGGAAAUGAAGGUGCAACAGUGUCUACAUAGCUCUUUUGUAGCUAUGCGGUGUAAGUGCAGCUAUACUCUCUAUUUCCUCUAGAUUUAGUUGAUUUAUCUUGGACGUCAGAAUGCCAAAUAUUAGCAUACUGUAGUAAUCGGUAUUAAUAAACCAGAUAUUGCGGUUAAACAUUAAUAUUUGUUGCUUCAAGGAUCAACUGUAGAAACUAUUUCUCUAUACUUGCUUCUGUACUUGUGCUUUACUGUAGAAACUAUUUUGCUGUAGAAAAGAUGAUGGCAGCUGAAACAAGUUUCAGCAAGCAGGAAUCAGUUUCUCAGGUGUAAUUUUAAGAGUAUUUCUCUCUCCCUUCUAACUGUUCAUCCAAGGAAACUCAGCCUUGAAUACAAUUUGUGGUUUGUUUUUUUCCUCUCAAUCAAGUAAUUUACAAUUUUUCACAAAUUCUUUAGGACUUAAAUUUUGGCUGUAGUUCUCAAGAUGUUGAUUGUGGUAAUGUAUACUUUCUGUAUCUUUUGUCUUGUGUUUUGCUUCCUUAUGCUGGAGCAAGCUUGACACAUUAAAGUUCAAUUUUCUUUUACGUU